CAGCGCUGCCUGUUCUAUCAGGGUGGAUGCAGAAGAAAGAAGGAGGAGAGCUCCUGUGACCCGGGAGGAGGAUAGGGCGAGGAGAGAGCAAUGCUAAAUCAAGGGUACUGUUAGGAGGCACAGACACCCAAGGUAGGGAAAGGAUCGUACGAGGAGGAGGUGUGUAUGUGAUCAGCAGACACACACACACACAGACCAGUCCGGAGAGAUCGGCCUCCCUCAUUCUCCUCUCUAGGUAUCACACAGCAGGUCGCCCCGAUGAACAUGUCAGUGUUGACUUUACAAGAAUAUGAAUUCGAGAAGCAGUUUAACGAGAACGACGCGAUCCAGUGGAUGCAGGAGAACUGGAAGAAAUCGUUUUUAUUUUCCGCAUUGUACGCUGCCUUUAUAUUUGGUGGUCGGCACCUAAUGAAACAACGGGAAAAGUUUGAGCUAAGAAAACCGCUCGUUCUAUGGUCUCUCAGCCUUGCUGUGUUCAGUAUAUUUGGUGCAGUCCGGACUGGUGCAUAUAUGGUAUACAUUUUAAUGACCAAAGGCCUCAAGCAGUCCGUUUGUGACCAGAGCUUUUAUUAUGGACCAGUCAGCAAAUUCUGGGCAUAUGCAUUUGUGCUCAGCAAAGCACCAGAGCUGGGGGACACCAUUUUUAUCAUCCUUAGGAAACAGAAACUCAUCUUCCUUCACUGGUACCACCAUAUAACAGUGUUGCUGUAUUCAUGGUAUUCAUACAAAGACAUGGUGGCCGGCGGCGGGUGGUUUAUGACCAUGAACUAUGGAGUACACGCAGUUAUGUAUUCUUACUAUGCCUUGCGAGCCGCUGGCUUUAGAGUGUCGCGAAAGUUUGCCAUGAUGAUCACUUUAUCCCAGAUCACUCAGAUGCUUAUUGGGUGCGUGGUGAAUUACCUGGUCUUUGCUUGGAUGCAACAAGGACAGUGCCCAUCCCACGUACAAAAUAUUGUGUGGUCCUCCAUCAUGUACCUCAGCUACUUUGUGCUUUUCUGCCGCUUCUUCUUUGAAGCCUAUAUGACCAAAACAAGGAAAGCUGCCUUCAAGGCUGACUAAUGGUGAAACUUAAUGCCAAGUCAUAGCUCAGGGUCAUCAAAAAUGAAGAGAAGAUGAAUACAAACAAAACAGAAUUGGGAGUGAGCAAAUAUUUUAAAGGCACAAAGAAAACCAUAUCUCAAGCACUUAGAUCCUAGCGACAACUAAAGUGAAUUUGUAAUCGUUUAUUUAAUUCUUGUCUUAAAACGUGAAGCUGAUCAGUGCGCCAAGCACUCCGAGUAUGUCGAAGGAACGGAAAUUGGUCUGUAACAUCAGCCCACUUUAACAAGUCCUUUGGAAAAAAAGGCUAUUGCUAUGUUCUUCAGUACAAACUCUGGUGUUUUACUACUGCCCGUAAUCUGUUACUGACCUAUUUCAAGAAUGAGACAAGGUAUACACAGGAAUAUAAAUCCAGUCUUCUGGCUAAGGUUUAUAAUCUUUUGCGUUCUGGAUUUUACACCUAGGAUGCUGUAUUGUAUACAGGUGUGGUUCCUAUCAAUAUGCAAAUUAAACCAUCUGCCCAAGCUGGUUACUACAGUAUUAAAUCUAGACUGUAAUCAUUUUACAUAUCUUUAUAUCUGGUGUGUCUCACAGUGGACUUGUGCACCUGGACAACACACGUAUCAAAGCCUCAUCACUUGCUGAACUACCUGCUAGAAGGGAUGAAAAGAGAAGAAGGUUAAAGGUGUUAUCUGAAUGUUUUACUCAGAGUCCAUGACAAAUGCCUGGUUUCUAUAACGCCUAAUAGUUCUUGUUUUCUAUUUUUUGAGAACGGUUUCCUUAUCUGACUACUACUGCAGGGCUGUGCGCGUGAGUUCGGUAACACUGUGCUUUAUGUAUUUGCUUAUGAAGCAGUACAGAGUUGAUUAAAGUGCCCUCUUCUGGUCCACACAGAUAACAUAACACACCAGAUCUUUACUAUUUCUUUUUUCAAUAAAUCUGAGAGGAGAAUAACAAUUCCUGUAACAAUCUCCCGUAUUCCAAGGGACUUGUCUUACUUCACACUCUUGUAUUUUUCUAUGUCUUGUGUGCAUUGAAGACAGGUUAAAAAAAAAUGCCAAUGGGUACUUACUGUACCUGGGUCUGAAAUCAAACUUACGUUGUUUCAAGCCAUAUUCUUCAGAAACUCAUAGAGUGUUUUGUCUGUUAUAACCAAGUCUGGAGAAGCCAAAUACAUGUACAAUUUCCUAGUAUUUCAAGGAAGCACUUAUUGUAACUUGAUGUUAAAUGUUUUGAUGUAGUCUUCUUAAUUGUAUUAGUUAGCUAGAUUAAUAUAUUAGCAGAUUAGAGAAGAAGGGUUAGAGGCUGCUGUCAUGCGUCAGAGUACAGUUAAGACUUACUGUAAAUGCAACCCUGUAGGAACUUGCAGUCAUCAUUGUACAACCCUGUGGUAUAUAGGAGCACAUUUCCUAGCUACUUAAAAAUAAAAAAUGUUUCUUUAAUUUACAGAAGAAGUACAACACAAGGGAUUUUUUUUUAGCUUUAAAUGGUGCUGCCAUCCAUGCUGCUUCUUUUUUUUAUUUUAUUUGUUUCAUGAUCUAGAAAUGGCAGAGGCUACUUAGCAUCUCAGUUAUGGGAAAUAAAAAAAAAAGGAUGUGUAAUGUUAUGAUGCAUUUUGACUGAAUUAUCAGAAUGAAAUGAGAAGAUCUUGCAAUUUACUAUUGUAACAAACAAUAAAGUUUACAUUUAUGUUAAA